AUGAACACUUCGGGGCUGGGCCUCACCCAGCUGCUGGACACGGCCUGGGAGCCUCUCCAGCAGGAGGCCAUGAAGAAGUGCAUGGCGCUCGUCUACAAGACCCGUAUCCGCAUCCAGGACUUCUUCAAGGACUUCGACCCCCUCCGCAGUGGCCUGGUGUCGGAGGCGCAGUUCCUGCGGUCCCUCUCCUCGGCGGGGAUCGACCGGCACCUGCCCAUGCACCUCUUCCUGGCGCUUCCAGGCCCGUUCCUGAACGAGGAAGGCAAGGUGUCGUGGUCGGAUUUCUGCGCGCGGGUGAACCUGGUGUUCACGAUGCCCGGCCUGGAGAAGGACCCGCUCGCGGAGGUGCCCCCGGAGCCCGUGGAGCUGCUCGACAAGACGCGCUACCAGAAGUCGUCCAAGGAGCUGACGCCUGAGCAGGAGGCGCUCGUAGAGAAGAGCCUGGAGUACGUCAAGAGCAAGUGUGCGAGGCGGGGGGUGCCCGUCAAGCCGUUCUUCGACGACUUCGCACGCAACAAGAACUCGCCCUGCCUCGUCGGACACGUGACCGCGAAGCAGUUCGAGCAGACCCUGAACGUCGCCCUCGGCCUCGACAUCGACUCGGAGAGCAUCAACGCGCUCGUCGCCAAGUACGCGAACGAGGACAAGCCGGAGAUGAUCAACUACUUUGGGUUCUCGGCGACUGUCGACCCGUCGGAGCUCACAACGGACCCCGACACGCUGUACGUCUAG